CCGCGGCUCUUGGCCCUCUUUCCCAUUUCUCUUUGAUCAUUGGCCGAGCUGACUUUCUUCCUGGGUGCUCAUUGGCUGAAUUUGGGGCCGCAGAGCCCGGAGAUGCGCGCGCAGGCUGGGGUGGUUGCCUCUCUCACGGCUGGCACUUCUAUCCAGGCAAGGGGGGGAGCGCGGGGCAGCUGGCUCCCUCCCUCCCCCCCACCCCCGCUGAGGCCUUGGCUGGGCAGCUAGGCUACAUUCCCCCCUCCGGGGGGGAAGGACCCCCAGGAGUCAUGGAGACCGGCUCUGGGGACCCUCCAACACCCCCUCCUCGGUACAAUUCUCCCCGCUCCAUGCUCCAUGCGCUGAAGGGGCUGGGUUCAGAUCCUGCGGUAUCAGUACAGCCUGUGGGCUGUCUGUCGGCUUCCUCCGGGGCAGCAGCCAACUUGGUAACAAUGGAACCUGCGGAAGGAACUGUUCCGACUGUCGAAGGGAUGGAAGCAUCGUGCGUUGCUACAGAAACGACCACAACCGUGAUGACCAUAAAGAUGUCGCUUGUGGCCAGGGAUAAUGGAGAUGUGGCAUCUCUUGCACAAGUGGCAUCUGAUGCUGGAGAGGUGGUGGUGGAUGGGAUUCCAGUGGGGGAUGCGUCUUCUACAGCAACUGGACCUGUGGUUAACUCAGUGGCUGCUGUGUCCACUGUGGCAACAGUCAAUGGAACAUCGGUGACAUCAUCACCUCAGGACAGAAUGAUGUCAUCACCUGUGACUGUGCCUGCAGAGACCACCAUGAAGCCCCUCCCGGUUCCACCGAUGUCACCAACGGUGGUCGUGGUAGCGCCUAGCCCUGGCUCGCCGCCGGAAAAGACUUCACCCACUGGCCCAGGAGGCAUGGAACCUCAAGAUCUACCCUCUUCGCAGCCACCCCAAGACCUGGAUUCCCAGCCCAGCCUGGGCACUCCAGCACCCAAGGCUCCUCCACCUUCUGACACCAUGAGCUACUUGGAGUCUGUCAGUCUUAUGUCAGGCACCAUGGAAUCCUUGACCGGCCCUGGAUUUCCUGAUGAUGCUAGCUCUCUGGGUUCCGAUUCUGAAAUCAAUGGAAUGGCGUACCGUAAGACAGACAAAUAUGGCUUCAUUGGGGGCAGCCAGUACUCUGAUGGGAUUGAGAGCAACAUCUCUGUGGAUGUGGGCAGACAACGGGAACUGAAGUGGCUGGAUAUGUUUUCCCACUGGGACAAAUGGCUGUCGCGCAGAUUCCAGAAGGUGAAAUUGCGUUGCCGGAAGGGGAUUCCUUCUUCCCUCCGUGGCAAGGCAUGGCAGCUUCUCUCAAACAGCAAGGAACUCCUGGAUCAAAAUCAGGGGAAAUUUGAGGAACUGGAGCGCCAAGCUGGAGAUCCCAAGUGGCUUGAUGUGAUUGAGAAAGACCUGCACAGGCAGUUCCCCCUGCAUGAGUUGUUUGUUGACCGGGGAGGCCAUGGGCAGCAGGACCUCUACCGCAUCCUGAAAGCCUACACUAUCUACCGGCCAGAGGAAGGGUAUUGCCAAGCCCAGGCCCCCGUUGCUGCAGUUUUGCUGAUGAAUAUGCCCGCAGAGCAUGCUUUCUGGUGCCUGGUGCAAAUCUGCGACAAAUAUCUCCCUGGGUACUACAGUGCAGGACUGGAGGCAAUCCAGCUGGACGGGGAGAUCUUCUUUGCUCUUUUACGGCGAGUGUCCCCCAUUGCCUACCGCCACCUGAAGAGGUACAAGAUCGACCCCAUCUUGUAUAUGACCGAGUGGUUUAUGUGCGUCUUCUCCCGGACCUUGCCCUGGUGCUCCGUAUUGCGCGUUUGGGACAUGUUCUUCUGCGAAGGGGUGAAGAUAAUUUUCCGAGUGGGCCUGGUGCUGCUGCGGAACACCCUGGGCUCAGUUGACAAGCUGCGCUCGUGCCAGGGCAUGUAUGAGACGAUGGAGAAGCUUCGAAACCUGCCGGCCCAGGCUAUGCAAGAGGACUACCUGGUCCGCGAGGUGGUGAAUCUCCCAGUGACCGAAGCCAUCAUAGAACGAGAGAACGCCACCCAGCUGAAGAAGUGGCGGGAGACGCGGGGUGAGCUCCAGUACAAGCCCUCCCGGCGGCUCCACAGCUCGCAAGCCAUCCACGAGGAGCGCCACCGCAUGAACCCGCCCCUCACAGCCAGCGCCAGCCUCUUGAGCCUCACGGGCCUGAAGCAAAGGGUUACUUAUGGCAGCAUCAGCGGCCCAUCCUUCUCCCCAGCACACUCCGUGGGCACCUUGGCUGCCUCGGUGGCUCCCCCUCCAGCCCCUCCCGUGACCCCGAGCCAGGUGGUGGUAUCCGAAGGGCUCCAUCCAGCCUUGCCCUCCCCCACAGGAAACAACAUGCCCCUCGGCAGCCCCAAGACAAUUGCGGGCAGCAGCAAAGAGGAGAAGCGGAAAGAGAAGGAGCGGGAAAAGCAAGAGAGACUGGAGAAGGAGAAGCAGAAGCAGGAGAGGGAGCACGAGCGGAAGCUGCAGAAGGAGCGGGAGAAGAAGGAGAAAGAGCGGGAGAGGCAGGAAAAAGAACGGGAGAAGAAGCUGCAGAAGGAACGAGCCAAAGAGGAAGCCCGGCUGAAGAAGGACCGGAAGCUGUCGCUGAGGAAAAAGGAAUCCAAAUCGGCUCAGCCACCGCCCAGCGAGGAAGGAAGAGAUGGGGAUGCUCCGACGGCGUCUGUGCUGCAAGACACAUACUUUUGAGGAGGGCUGGGGGGGCAGCAGGUGCCCCAGUGACUCCCUCCCUUCAGCCAAGGACCAAGAUGGUGGCCAACACCAGGGACACUUUUAUUGUGGUAGGGGGACCCAGAGGAGAGGAGGAGUGCCGAGGGGAACCGCCCAGUGUGGGGCCACAGUGGGUAGAGCAGUGUUUUAUUGAGUGUCCGUGUGCUCGCCUCUCUCUUUGCGUGCCUGAUUUGAGGUGGACUGACCCCUCCCCCCCUCCUCCGACCCUUCAUCUUUGUUACUGAAUAGGGCCAAAACAAGAUGGCUGCUGUUCUCCCAGCGGGCGCUCCACUGCAGAUUUUUCACCAUGGGCUACCAGUGCAGCGGUACCUUCCCUGCUCCCAGCUUGGAGACAUAACCACAGCAGUACCGGUAUUAAUAACUCCAGCAUCCUCCCUCUCAAGUACUGUAUAUAGAAUCUUCCCUGUUUACAGCUCUUUUACUACUGCAGGCCGCGUGGGCCACCUCCCUCCAGAGAGGCUAGUUUUAAAAGCGGUCCUCCCAGCACUACCCUUCGAUCUUCUAACUCUUCUUCCAUUCCUUACAUUCUUGCUGGAUGUUUCGCUGCUCCAGCCUAGACCUGAUGAGCUCCCGAAAGGCUAGCAAGAGACAUCCCCUUUAAGCCCUCUUCCGUCUCUUGCCCCUGGCCCCUUGCAUGGUUACUUAGCAGCCUAGGAUUGCUGCCAUUUGCUUGUUCCUUUAAGAGCCACUUGGCAGGCAGAAAUUUGUAAGGUGGGCUGAAGGGGGUUUUUUGCCUGCCAUGUCCACCAUUCAAGGUAAGGGAUCUCUGUCAGGAGAGGUGUGGCAGCUCAGCCAUUCACCUGCCAUUAGAAUUGCAUUUGUGCAGGAGGGCCGGGGGAGCAGCAGUCGGGUGCAUAGCUAUGGCUGUCCCGAUUCCUGGGGGAAGCGCAAUCCAUCAUCAAGGAAGGAGAAGUUGAUGCAUUCCCUGUGCAGGAGUUCUGCCUUCCAGCUCAUGCAUUCCUGAAGUAUAAGCGAGGCGGGGAAACAGGCUUUGUUGGCAAUGUUUCUCUGGCUCGUAUUCAACCAAAACUUCAUAGGAACUUCUGCCAACCCAGGAAGGUGCUUGUUCGGUUUUUUGCAAAUUUCUAUCUGCCUCCCACCUCCUUCCUUUUCCAGUUAGAAAUAUUGUCCUUUACUGUUAGGAUGAAUCCAGCCCCCUGCUUCGGCUGCUGGAGACCUAGAAUGCAUUUCCAUUAUCAGUUUAAACCAAGUCAACGAGGAGCUCACCCAAAGAAUUAAAAGUUUUGAGAAAUGCCGCAAAGGAAAAUGAAGAGUACCCUAUAAAACAAGGGGAAUGUAUCAUCUUUGUGGUCUGCUGGGCGGCCUCAAAAGAGCAUCGCGUGUCAUUCCCCGUCCCAGUCCUCCUCCUCGUUACCACAGGGUGCUUGCUAACCCCUUGGUGGUCUUGAGACAUUUCUGGUGCCCUGCAGUCUGGAGAGGCCUGCCACCCCUGCAGUAGCCACAGACGAGCAGGAGUCGAGAGCUGGCACUGUGCUCAGUCUGUUGGAAAAGGGGAUUUAGGGAAGGAGGCUGGGCUCUUCGCUUUCGGCCUGCCAAGCUGCACCACAACUUUGACUUGGGAUUUGGGUACCUUUCAUAACUCAUCUUUUGGCCCCCUGCUCCUCCUUCCAGCUUCUGCAGAAGCAUUCUCACCUCCCCUUUAGGCCGCAGCCUCUGCAGUCCUGAGCAGCUGGAGCCAGGGAACCUCUUUUAAAUUCUUGCUUCCCAGAACUUACUUGCUGUCAAAUGACAGCUUUUCCCAAAGUCCGCUGUCUCCCCCCACUCCAGUGACUCCAGGGGAGGGGGGGAAAGCCCCUAUUAGCGCAUCCCCAUCUCUGUACAUAACUUCUUCCUAUAACACAUAUAUUAUAUAUAUGUUUCAGUAUUGUAAUUAUGUAUACAGGUACUUGAGAUUUUUGAAUUUUUUUUUUGACCUUGUGUUCUUAUUUAACGGGACAGACACUGGAAAUUAGGGAUUCAUCCAAAUCUACUCCCUCGCCUUUUAUAUUAUUUUUUUUAGCUUUCCACCAGCCUAAUCAGGAAGAGCAGAAAAACUGGAAGUUUACAGCUGACAUCUCCUUGCUGUGCUCCUUGUUAAUAACUUUUUUUUUGUCAUUUGUGCCUCGUUUUCAUUGAAUUCCCCCCCCCAUUGCUUUGUUUAAAAAUGUUAACAAAAGAAACAACAUUCAAGCUC